UUCUAUACAUUUCCAUCGUUUAAUUUAUAAAACAGAUCUUAUUCCAGACUUAGAUCAACCGUCUACCGGUCAUGCGAUUGUUCCAAAUGAAAAAUCAGAGUCGUUCUCUACAUAUACUAUACAUUAAGUGGAGUUACAAAGUUUGAAAGAUUGGAUCUGACUCAGAAUAUGAACCUCCAUUUCCGACAAAACGAGCAAAACUUGAUGUCUUUACUCCUGAAGUCAUUUUUGGAUUCGGCCGAGUUAAUUUUAGCAGUAGAAAUGAGAUGUUUAUUAUUGCCCCGGUUUUAUUAGCGGUAGGUAUUCAAAUUGAAGAUACAACGCUCAGUUGUAGUUCAAUUCAACGAGCUCAUAUGCUUCAAAGAAAAAACAUUGCUAAAGGGCUUAAAGACAACUUUAAAACACACGAUAAAUACGUUGUGCAUUGGGACGGAAAAAUGCUGAAUGACCUUGUUGGAUCAAAAUCUGUGGAACAGCUACCAGUUAUUUUAACUGAAUUUGGUACCGAACAAUUACAUGGGGUUGCAAAAAAUAAUUCUGUGACGGCAGACAGUCAAACAUCAGCCAUUUUAUCGACAAUGAGUGAAUGGGGUAUUAUUAAUUAUGUUAAGGCGAUGUGUUUUGACACGACGGCAGUUAAUACAGGAAUUCAUAACGGUACAUGUAAGGCGAUUGAAAAGACUUUGGAAAGAGAGUUAAUCUGUCGUCACCACAUUUUUGAGAUCAUAUUGAGAAGUGCAAUUGAAUAUACCUCCUGUGUCAUCUGGGCCAAACGUACCAAUGUUCAGAAGGUUUAAAAAAUCAUGGGAUGUAAUAAAUAAAACUAAUUAAAAACCUA